AUGAGCACUCCUCGCAGCAAGACCGCUACUACUCAAACCUCCAAGGAGGGGAAGAGUACCGAUGAAGCAAUGCUCAUUGCCAUCCUGAAGUCGUUCGAUCCUGCUGACGGCAAAAUCAGCAUGGUUGAUUUUGCUGAUGCCAUGGGCUACACCAACGUGAAGUCCGCUUGCAACGCGUUUAACCGCUUGAAGACCAAGCACGGUCUGAAGGUUGAGAAAGUGACCAAGCCGACCACUCCCAAGAAGCGCGGCAACCGCCGUGGUCGUGCCGCGAAGCAGGCUAAUGAGGAGGACUCGGCAUCUGAUGGCGCUGCCGAUGACGCCGCCGAUGACGCCGCCGAUGAGGCCGACAACGCUGACAACGCUGACGGUGACGCUGCUGUGGAUGCAGUAGCUGAGAGUCCUAAAGAGGAGACCUCCGAUCCAGAGGAAGCCAAGUAA